GCUGGGCUAGAGCUACAAUUCCCAAGCUGCGGUGUUGUCCGCGCUACGCAACGCUUCAUGUUCACACUUGGUUUUGCUUUGUUAUUACCAGUCUACACAGGCAGGCAGGCAGACAGACUUACUGCUCGGCUCACAGGACAGACCUGUUGAUUGCACAAAACAUUCCUCUGUAAAAUCAACGCAAAACCAGAAGUCGCCAUGGGUAAGGGAUGCAUUUCGGCCACCAAGUACUUCCUGUUCCUCUUCAACCUCAUCUUCUUACUCUUCGGCACCCUCAUCAUUGGAUUCGGACUGUGGGUUCUUUUGGACAAUCAGAGCUUCAUGGCCAUCCUGCAAGAGUCCUCCAUGGCGCUGAAGAUCUCCGCCUACGUGCUGAUUGGUGUGGGGGCUCUCUCCAUGCUGAUGGGGUUCCUCGGCUGCCUCGGGGCCAUCUACGAGAUACGCUGUCUGCUGGCCCUGUACUUCACCUGCCUGCUCCUGAUCCUCAUUGGUCAGGUUGCUGCCGGCGUACUCAUCUACUACAAGAAAGACCUGCUGAACGAAGAGAUGUCCAGCGUUGUGACCCAGGUCCUGGCCAACUACCCCGGGAAGAACGGCACCACGGAGAAGGCCUGGGAUUUCAUCCAGAGGACGAUGGAGUGCUGCGGGUGGACCAGUCGUAUGGACUGGCACAAUAACGCCGUCAUAGUGAACAGUUCCCAGCUGUUGUUCCCGUGUUCCUGCCAGAACGUUUCGCUUGCUGACUCUAACUCCACCUCCAACAGUGGCUUCUGUGAGGCCCAGUCACCUGACUGGCCGGUCUUUGACACGGGCUGUUCCGUCAAAGUAGAGAGCUGGCUGCUCGCCAACGUGGGAAUGAUUCUGGGAGUUUGUGUGGGAGUGGCCGUCAUUGAGCUCCUGGGUCUGAUCCUGUCCAUUUGCCUGUGUAAGAGUGUGCGUACUGAGGAAUACACCAAAGUGCCCAAGUACUGAAGAUGAAGGCACAAACAGUUCACAAUUGCGCACACACACAGUGACACACGCAUAACUGAACAAAUGUGUUUUUGCUCUCUCUCCCUAUAUGUGGAGAAACAUGUUUCGGUACAAAUUUUAAGAUUUUAUUUUAUAAAAAAAAAAAAAAAAGUGGUUUUGUUUGUAUUUUUUUCUAGGCACUUUUGUCUUUUCUGCCAGUCCAGUUUCCAUUGGAGCACUUUAGAGACUGUAUGUAUGAGUUAUGAAUCAAAAAGGAUUACAGGACUGGGUCACGAAGAGAACAUGAGGGAGAGAUGGGGACAGGAGGGAGAGAUGGGGACAGGAGGGAGAGAUGGGGACAGGAGGGAGAGAU